GUAUUAACUGGUGACCCGAUGCAGCUGGGACCAGUGGUGAAAUCAAGGCUAGCUCGUGUAUUUGGACUGAAUGUGUCAUUACUUGAAAGGUUAAUGAUGAGACCCAUGUAUUCCAGAGAUGAAACUGCAUAUAGCAUUUGUGGGUCCUAUAAUCCCUUGCUGGUGACCAAACUUGUGAAGAACUAUCGAUCUCAUUCUGCUCUGCUGAGUCUGCCCUCCAGGCUGUUCUACCACAAAGAAUUGCUCGUGUGUGCAGAUGAGAGAGUAGCCAGUUCUCUACAUAACUGGGAAAAGUUGCCUAAAAAGGGCUUUCCUCUCAUUUUUCAUGGACUAAGGGGGAAUGAAAUGCGUGAAGGAAGCAGUCCAUCAUGGUUUAAUCCUUCCGAGGCAGUACAAGUGAUGCGGUAUUGUUGUCUUCUUGUCAGACAUGCUGUACAUCCCGUAUCUGUGGCAGACAUUGGGGUCAUUACUCCAUAUCGCAAGCAGGUUGAAAAAAUUAGAAUACUUCUGCGAAGUGUUGACCUCCCUGAAAUAAAAGUUGGAUCUGUCGAGGAAUUCCAAGGGCGGGAAUAUCUGGCUAUCAUAAUCUCUACAGUACGCUCAAGUGAAGACCAUUUAAAUGAAGAUGCUCGCUAUGUUGUAGGGUUUCUUUCCAAUCCGAAGCGAUUUAAUGUAGCAGUUACUAGACCAAAGGCAUUGCUUAUCAUGGUGGGGAAUCCUCAUAUCCUUAUAAAAGAUCCUUGCUUUGGGGCCUUUUUGGAAUACUGUGCCAUGAACGGAGCAUGUGUAGGAUGUGACCUUCCUCCUGAGAUUGAAGUUCUUCAAGGGUGUGACUGACCAUUCAUUUGGACAGAUUGUGAUUGCACAGCAUUAGAGAGCAGUUCAUAAAACAAAUCUGCAGAAUUGUCAUUUGCACUCCAUUUAGCAUUGAAAGGACUGUUGCGCAGAGAGUUUAAUGUUUCUCAGUUUUGAAUAUGCAGUAACGGUUACUGCGAUCAGAACAUUUCAGUAAUGGGAACUUUCUCAUUGUACUCUUCACUGUAUGUGAAGCAUAAUGCUUGGAAUUCAGGAAAAAAGAAGGAACUGCUGGCCAUUGAAUGUGCCUGUUGUGGUGUAAAAUGAACAUAACAUUCAAAGUCUUGCUGAUUCACAUUUUAGUAGCCGUUUCAGAGACUACACGGAGAAACCUAAUUGUCAGCAGAAGCUCAUCCACGUUAUAAAAAAACUGGUACACAUUAGUGAGUUUAAAAUUAGCACAUCAUUUAAUGGCUGCAGAUGUGGGGUAAAAUGCUUAAUGUGGCAGUAGAGUUGGGGGGGUAUACAUUAAUCAGUCUGGGGUUGCCUUUCUGAAGCAUCUGUGUGGUGUACAAAGCGCCUGUGGGGUUAAAAAGUCUGCCUUUGAUGAUGUGGAGUUGGGUGAUAAAUCUUGCUUAUGUCUGUUUAUUUUGGUUUUAUUUUAGUUACUGUAAUGUUUUUGUUUUUUUUACCUCAGACUGUUAUAAGGUAUCUCCAUUAAAGUGUAUGAAUAAAUGUUUUUUAAGCAAGCAUAAACAAUAAUGACUUAAAUUUGCAGAAGUAGACUGUCUUCAUACCGCUGAGUUAAAAACAAAAGCACUUUUCUGACAAGAAAUUAUUAUUUGAGACUUGGCAAAAGUUAAACGCUGGUAGCUGUCAGUAUCCCACUUUUAAGAUGUAAUGGGGUAAGCGUUGUACAAGUUGGACUGCUUGCACUGUGUUUAUAAUAAAGAGUGCUGAAAAUGAAA